AUGGAUCCUUUUGUACAAGUCUGCGCGGAUGCGCAAAACCAGCUGACGCAGACGCGAGACCUGCUGGAGCAGUUCCGGUCGGACCCUUCAAACCACAAUACCCUUCAGGAUCUCACAAACAUCACAGAGGAGCUGGCAGAGACGAUAUCCGACCUUUCACAGUCCGUCGAGGCCGCCCAGGGCCGACCACAGCAGUUUGGUCUCAGCAGCGAAGAUAUCCAGGACCGUAGCAAGCAGGUUGCUCAACUCAUGUCGCAGCUGGGUCAGGUACAGAAGGAGGUGAGCAAGAUUCGGAACACAGGCACGCCACAUGGCAUCUACUCCGAUGAGCCAGACGACACGGAGGCCCGAACUGCAGGGCUCACCCAGCAGAUGUAUGCAAGCCAGAUCGAGGAGCAGGACAACGCUCUUGAUGGCGUCUACAACACGGUGAACUCGUUGCGGGAACAGGCCAACGUCAUGUCGCGGGAGCUGGAGGACCAGUCGUAUCUCAUUGAUGACCUAGAUCGUCACGCCGACUCGGCUGGCUCUCGGUUACAGCGUGGUCUUAAGAAAGUGGAUUGGGUGGUGCGAAAGAACCAAGAGACUCUGGGUUCAUGCUGCAUCACUCUGUUGAUUGUGGCCCUAAUCAUUCUGCUUGUUCUGCUCAUUGCUCUGUAA